AUGGUUUUAUACAAACGUAAACAAGUCAAAAUCAUUCCACCAGAUGAUCUACCAGAAGAUUUAACUACUCAAGUUUGGUUUAUACCGGAAACUAAAGAAUGGUUUCUACUGUAUAGUGAUUAUAUCAAAAGAAUGGAUUAUUUGAAAACUAGAAAUUUUGUAUGUGAAAUUACUGGUAAUAGUUGUUUAACUUAUUUUGAAGCUUUAAAAAGUGAAGAACAAGAAAUUAGAGAAGUUGAAAAAAAUUUCCCUGAAGCAUUAAAGGAACAUAUUUUACGAUUUUUACAAUUCAAUCGAAUUUCAAGAUUAGAUAUGUUAGUCGAUAAUGUUUAUCAAGUUUUCAAAAAUGAUUAUUUCCCCGGUGAAACUGUUUUCCUUCGUGGAAUUGAUAAUAAUAAUAAUGUUAGUAAUAACAGUACCAAUAAUAAAGAACAUUUAACGAAACAACGAGGAACAAUUAGAGAGAAAGUUCAAUAUGGACAAGAUCAACCUACUAAAUACCUUGUGGUCAGAUUAAAUGAUAAUCAUCAAGCUAUUGUUACAGAACAAAACAUAUCAAGAGAUAGAAAUCAUUUCACCAAAUGGUUAAUUAAAACAUUUAUUAAAUUAACCAUGUCUAGAUCAUAUAAAGUGGGUGCUCCAUGGGUUGUUAAAACAAAGUAUGCCAAAAAAUAUAGUAUCCCCACCACUUAUCCUGAUGAUCUUAAACAAUUUGCUGAUACUACACCUACGGGAGAUAUUGUUUUCAUUCAACCUAAAAAGAAGCGUGGACCUCAACCGAAAAUAACUGAAACUCCUCCCAAACCUCCUAAACCACCAAAAGAACUUAAAAAACCCAAGAAAAUUGCUAUUAAAGCCGAACGUAAACAACCUACGCCAGCACCUACUAAACCAAUUGUACCAAUUGCCCCUGCUGCACCACCGGCUGUGGUUGUUCCUUUUAAAAAGAAAUUCCCUACUCAUUAUAUUCCUGAUGCUAUAAUGAAAGAAUAUGAAGAAGAGGAAGCUAAAGGGACCCCAUCAUUUGGAUUAUCACAAUUUCAACCGACAAAGAAAAAUAUUGUUGAAGAUUUAGAAUUAAAAUUUGACUUACAAAAUUCUAAACCACUUCCUAAAAUAUUAUCAUUACCGGAAAAUGCUAAAUAUUGGAAUCAACAAAUAAUCGAAGAAGAAAAAGAAAAAGAAAAAGAAACGGAAGGAGAAAUUGAUGAAAUUGAACGAGAAAGAGAAAGAUUAUCUUGUUAUAGAUUACCUUCUAUUCUGGAAGCAUUACAAUCGUGGAUAUUUCUUAAUGUUUAUCAUAAUAUAUUGAAUAUUGAUACAUUUACAUUUGAUGAUUUUGUGUUUGCUAUGGGAUGGAAUGCUGAUCAAUUUUCUGAAGAUGGUCGAUGUGAAUUAUUAGAUGAAAUUUGGUGUGCUGUUUUAAGUGCAAUAGUAUCUAAUGAAUUACCCACUAAUAAAGAAGCCAAAGAUUAUAAAGAAAGAGAUGAAAUCUAUGGGUUGACUAUAACUUUACCCGAAAAGGAUGAAAUCAAUGAAGAUAGUGAAAACGACAGUGAAGAGGAUGAAGAUGAAGAUGAAAAGGAAGAGGACGAAAAAAUUAAACAGGAAAAACAACCACAACAGGACGAGAAACAAAACAACAUAAAAGAUAAUGAAUCUAAUUCAGAUCAAGUAUCAUCAUCCAAACCAAAAGGAGAUGAUUCAGAAGAUCAUGGUUCUGAAAGUGAACUGGAAGAAAAACAAUUGGAUAUUGAUACUGAACAAAGUGAUUCUGAAGAAAAUGAUAAAGAGUCCAAUACCGACAAACCGGUUGUUACUCACAAUGCUUAUGAAUGUAUGAAUCAUAGAGGUACCUCAUGGGAUGAACGUUUACGUAAACGUAAUUUUAAAGAUGGUAAUUGGCAAUGUAUACUAUUAGGUGUAUUGUCAUUAGUGGAACAUGUACCUCAAUAUGAAACAACUAUAAAUAAAAUUUAUCAUAAAUUGGCACCUAAAGAUAAACCAGCAACGGCAUUAUCAGUAAAAGCAACGGCAUUAUCAGUAAGAAAUCAAUUUUAUGAUGAACUUGAUAUUGAAUUGAAAUUUAAGGCAUUGAAUAUUUUGAUUGAUUUGGUCAUUAGUAGUCCUUUGGUAAGAAAUCAUAUUGAUAGUUGUCUUGAAAAUCUGACACUGUUAAGAAGAAACAGAUUAGAUAAUUUAAAAGAAUACAAAAUUGUGUUGGAACUGGCUCAAAAGGCCCAUCAAUACAUAACUACCAAACUUGCAACCACAAAAAAUGUUUCACAGUUAGAUCAAUCAUCACCAGAGCAACAACAACAAUCACAACAACAGCAACCACAGCAAACAGAACAGAUAUCAGAAAUAAAGAAAGGGUUAGAUCUCAAUAAACUUGAAUUAUCUGAAUCUGAACGUUUACUUGCUGAACAAGAUAAUGAAUUCAAAGAACAAUGUAAUAUUAGAAAAGACGCAAUUAUCAAGUUGAAUCAAUUGAAAGAAGCUAAACGAGAAAUUGAACAAAAAUUGACUGAAUUAGAUUGUCAAAGAAUGAAAUUAUUAGGGAAAGAUCGACUUUACAAUAGAUAUUGGUGGUUUGAAAAUAAUGGAUUGCCAAAUUUGCAUUCUGGUGGGAACAAUAAUGAUGAAGAUGAUGAUGAUGAUGAAAACAAUGACAAUAAUAAGAAAGAUGAAGGUGAAAAUGAAAAUGAAAAUGAAGAUAAAGGAGAAAAUGUUGAUAGUGAUAAUGAAAAUGAAGAAGUUGAUGAUGAUGUUCAUGAUGAAACUUAUCUUAUGGGGAGAUUAUGGGUCCAAGGUCCUUCCAAUAAUGAUAUUGCUAUACAUUUUAAAACUGAUUUAAAGGAUGCACAAGAAUUUCUGAAUAAAAUUGACAAAAUAAGACUUGAAAAUGAUGGACAAGAGCUUGACAAUGGAAAAGUUAAUGAAGAGAAUAACAACAACACCACCACCACCAACGGUAACACGAACAACAACUCUAACAGCAGCAGCAACAGCAGCAGCAACAAUAAAGUGAAGAAAUUGAAUUUUAGUAAACUUCCAUCACAACUCAUCACAACCGUGCGGGAUUCAUUUGCGCUUGAUAUUAAAGAGAAGGAGAUUUUCACUCAAAGUGGAGAAAAAUUAAUUGAUGAAGAAGGAUCAUUUAUGGUUCCACUUGCAAAAUUGUCUAAUUUACAACGUAAAUGUAUUGAAGAAUUUCCUGAUCCAUUAAUGACAGGACUGGAUUGGAGAUAUUAUGAUAAACCUGAAGAUAUUACUAAAUUAAUUUCAUGGUUAAAUCCAUGGGGUAAACGAGAAUCAUUACUUCGAAAAGAAUUAUCACUUGUUAAAGAAGCCAUUAUAUCUAGUAUGGAAGCGAGAAGAAAAGCGCUUUGGAUAGAUCAAACCCCACCUGAAGAAUUAGAAAUAUCUGAUAAUAUUAAGAAAUUAAAAACAAAAUUAUUUGGAGGCAGUGGAGACGAUAAUGAGAAUGAAAAUCAUUUGAAAGAUAAGACUGAUGCUGCUGAAGAAGAUGACGAUGUAAUACUAACCUCUAGUGCUAAACGUGCAAGGAGAUCAACUGGUUCUAGGAAAAGACAAAAAGUCGUCACUGUUCAAGAUGCUUUAGAAUUUGGUGAACCAGAAGAUAUAAAUAAAAUGAUUAAAGAAUUAGAAAAAGAAUUAAUUGAAAAGAAAGAUAAUCGAGAAAUCAAUCGAGUAUUAGAAUGGGUUAAUUCUCGAGCUUUAGAUUUAUUUGAAAAAUCAUUAUAUGAAGGUGGAGAUAAACAAAAAUCAAAUAAAUCAAAACAAAAAAAGAAAUAA